UGUCACAUGGAGGGGAUUGUGGUAAAAGAGGAGGAAUGACAAAGCUCGGGGAGCUGAAGGUCACUCCACCGCCUAACAUGCCGUCGACUGAAUGGGAAAAGUUCAUAAAGUUUAGGACAUCAGAUGCAUUUCAGUCACGCUCACGUGCCAACAAAGGUUGUCGUGCUAAGCAAAAGAUCAUUGUACGCCAUGGUCGAAAUAAUAUGGCUCAGAUAGGAUUCAACAAUCGGGCAUCACCAAUUGUCGAGUAUCGUCGAUUGCGAACCAAAAAAGGCGUGUUUACUGAGCGUGAGGCUGAGGAGUUUUACAACAAAAUGACUGAAAUGAGAAAAGAUCCACAACAUGCGAGUUUGAGUGAUUUUGACAUUGUGACGGAAGUUCUUGGAGAUCUUCGUGGACGAGGACGAAGGAGACCAGUACUCGAAGGAUGAGGAUGACGAUGAAUUUUAGUAAUGUUAUUAGGUUAUGAAAUGUUUAACUUCUUAGAACUACUUGCUAACUUGCACAUACGGUGCAAUGUUUUUAGGCUUUUGUUGAUGUUGUUAGAUCCGAUCAGGUUAGUCUUUUGUUAGCGGACUUCAUGUUAGGCUUUUGUUGU